AUGAAUUUCAAUAGCACUAACAUAAAUGAUGCUGCAGGAGUAAAGGCUCUUCUUGACACUCUUCAAGCAUCGCAGGCCUGGCAACAGGCUAUCGCGACCUCAACGGAGAACAAGGAGGCUCCCCCGCAGGCUGUUGUAGAAUCCCCCUCGUCGUCUUCAUCUGCUUCAAGUUCAGUUGCGGCUCUAUUGGCCCAACUGCAACGUCCCCAGCCGCCGGCAAAGGACCCUUCUACUUUCGACGGUACUCGUGUCAGCCCCAAACACAACCGUUCUUCGGCAUUUUCCUCGCCCGCGGAAGAUACUCGAUCAUUUACUUUCCAACAGGCGCUUCCACGCAUUGUACAACUUUCCCAAGACUCCAAAUUCAUCGAGAAGAUCGCGCAGAUCAAAAAAGAACAGGAUGUGCUUGAAAGGCAACUCUGGGAAGAGAGAGGUCACAUUCAAAGCAAGUAUGACGAAAAAGUGAAGAAUGCCAGAACUAGGGCAAAUGUCAUAGGCUCCGACAUCUCGAAACAUGAAGCAGAUAUGUUAUGUGAUGCGCAUCGGAAAGAACUGCUUCGAUUUGACACGCAGCGAGCCCUGCCUCUCUGGGACAAUCUCGUCCGCGAACAGCAAGAACGACUUGGCCAGGCCGGUGUUCCCGCAAUGUACGCGACUGCAAUGGGAGCGGACCGGGAGCGGCAGCAGCGUAUCAUCCAAGUACUGGAGGGACUGAUCGGGCCAGGACGAGUGUAA